GUCUCUCAUAUUGACAGGGAUACUCUGCCUUUCUCCAAGUAUUGGUGGGGGACAUUGGUGGGUCUCCACCGUACCGUCCAUACACAAACCGACGACCCACGUGUAGUGUCCACACACACGUGAAUGUGGGCGGAGUUUAGAUCAGCCGCGGCACCGCGAGACGUAGCCGUUACAGCCACACACGCACUACAGCAGAACUGUGAGGACACAGACUUGUCCAGGCUCUUUCAACCUUCACCCACUCUUUCUGUUAAGACUCGCUGCUGCCCCCGAACCAUCUCUUGACUGAACACGUGUCUUAACCUUACAAACAACAACCAUGACGGCCAGCAGCGCACCGCAGGACAAAUACAAUGCAGUAUGGAUCAUUUUCUUCAUCCUGGGUCUGGGAACCCUCUUACCAUGGAAUUUCUUCAUGACUGCAACAAUGUACUUCACCAGCAGACUGAAGGACUCGCCCACCGGUCUCUCGUUCAACGAGACGGCCAACGUGACAGCGAUGGGGGGAGACACUCGCAAUGUCCUGGAGUCGAAGUUUAACAAUGUGAUGACCCUGUGUGCCAUGGUGCCUCUGCUCAUUUUCACCUGCCUCAACUCCUUCAUACACCAGAGGAUCCCUCAGAAGCUGCGGAUCUCUGGCAGCCUGACGGUCAUUCUCGUGGUUUUCCUGCUAACGGCUGUGUUCGUCAAAGUGGACAUUGAGCCAAUGCCCUUCUUUACCCUCACCAUGAUCAAAAUCAUCUGCAUCAACUCAUUCGGGGCGAUUCUUCAGGGCAGCCUGUUCGGUCUGGCAGGGAUACUGCCUGCAUCCUACACCACACCCAUCAUGAGUGGACAGGGGCUGGCCGGCACCUUUGCUGCUUUCUCCAUGAUCUGUGCGCUGGCCAGUGGUUCAGCCUUGCAGGACAGUGCUUUUGGUUACUUCAUCACCGCCUGUGUUGCCAUUCUCCUGGCCAUCUUGUCCUACUUCGUCCUGCCCAGGAUGGAGUUUUUCCAGUACUACAUGGACAGUAAUGGAUCCAGGCCCUCUGCUGACGAGGAAAACAAGAUGGACUUACUUAAAAAAGAAACUCCAGCAGAGAAGCGACCUGCGGGUCUGAUGGAGGACGAGGCCAAACCCACCAUGUCUGUGUUUAACAUCUUCAAACAGAUCUGGGUGAUGGCUCUGUCCGUGUGCUGCAUCUUCACCGUCACCAUCGGAACAUUUCCUGCCGUGACCGCCGAUGUCCGGUCCACAGUUGCUAAUGGAAGUGCCUGGGAUAUGUACUUCAUCCCCGUGUCAUGUUUCCUCCUCUUCAAUGUGAUGGACUGGGCUGGCAGGAGUUUGACGGCCGUCUGUAUGUGGCCGGGCAAAGACAGUAUGUGGCUUCCCGUCCUGGUGGUUCUGCGCGUCAUCUUCAUCCCCCUCUUCAUGCUGUGUAACGUCAUGCCUCGUCACUACCUCCCUGUGCUGUUUGGCCACGACGCCUGGUACAUCAUCUUCAUGAUCUUCUUCUCCUUCUCCAACGGAUACCUGGCCAGCCUCUGCAUGUGUUUUGGACCCAAGAAGGUGGCUCAGCAUGAAGCAGAGACAGCAGGAGCCAUCAUGGCCUUCUUCCUGUCCCUGGGUUUGGCGCUGGGCGCUGCAGUGUCCUUUGCUUUCCGGGCCAUAAUCUAAACCCUGCAGCAGAAGUAGAGUAGACCACGUCUCGCCCUCCAGGGAGAAACCUGUCAACAUCUGGACUAACUGUGCAACAACUCUCUGACUGAGCGGAGGCAGCGUGGCCGAAGACCAGAGAAGCUCGGCCUGUGGCUGUGGAGAUUCGUCUGGUCUGGUCUCAUCACCACGGCAACAAAAUGAGCUGAAAAUGUUACUGAAUGUUUUUGUUUUUAUUUCCUGUAAACACAACAGCUUGUGUCUUUUUUUUUUAUUAAUGCUACUGAUCAAAUAGAUUGUUUUUCUCUGAGUUCAAACCAAAUGUGUAAAAAAAGUAAAAAGUAGUGGAGUGGUCUCCUCGUGGAGAAAGUCUUUUAGUGUAUUUCAAAUUGUGCCAGAUAUCAGACUCCUGCCAAGCCAUGAGGCCCGAACAGUGACUGUAGACGAGCAUGAGCACCGUCACAGAAUCCUCAUUCAUACAUAAAAACGUUCUUUUGCACACAAUCAUAGUCAAAAUAAAAGGGUUGGAUUGUAUCGCGGUGGUUAAACACGUCAUUAGUCUUAAACACAUUUGUACAUGUGAGGCUCUGUGACGCAGGUGUUGGGCUCGUCUGCGGUCGACUGUUAUAAAUUGAACUCCCUCUUUUAAGCGUGAGCAGUGCAAUGCCACGGCUUCUAACUCCAUUUAAACCAAAUGACACAAAAGACGUGUGGGAAAACCGAGGAACUUUGCAGGGAGGUCCAAAAAAACCGCUUUGCUCCCUCCCGACUCUUUCAGUAUUAACGCAGAGCAUCUGAAAACAUCCUGCAUAACAAGUCGAUCAGAAUCUCAGUGAGUGUUAAGAAUGCACUGAAUCUAAAGGCGAGGUUGAAACAAAUAAUCUGGGCCACUUAACUCGAUGGUAACCUUCUCUGUAUAUAAUUCUUAUUUUUGUUAGCGAUUGUUUGUAGGCUUUCCUGUUGUUUUUAAGUGAAGUUUCUUUCAUUUGAAGAAGAAAAAACCCCUGUUAUUUUAAACGGAGGUCACAUUAUUCAGGCCUUGUUUCUUUUGUUACUGCAUCUUCCUGAUGAAAUACAGUUAUGACUUUAAAUGUAAACCUACUCUCAUGUAGGAUAAUAUUUGUACCAGAAGUAGUUUUGUUUUAAUACAAAAUGAAUGAGGAGAUUAGAUUCCCCAUCAGCCUGUUCUUUUUGUGUUUUUGUGGCCUUUUGAUGCUUUUUUUAUUGAAAGUUCAUAACAGCCUGUUUGUUUACAAGCACAAUGUUUGUCUGCUCUUCCAUAUUUGAAGUUACAUGUUAAGAAAAUGUUUCUCAUGUUGCAGCUUAAGAAAAAAAUAAACCCGUAUUUUUAAA